ACAACUAAGGGCGGACUUUUUUUGGAGAGUAGUUGAUGAGAUUUGACUUUCGAGCUAAAGGAAUAAACAAGAGGAGGCCUUAUCGAAUCUCGACAUCAGAAAGAAAAAGCUAAUUCACAAGCGAAAGCAAAAGCAAAAGAUCGAGGGCAAGAGAAAACCCAGCAAAGCAGGUUGACCCAUGGCUGAUGGUUUUGAUGAAGUUACUCAUGACUUGGAAUCUCUGCUUUCCUCAGAUGGGAGAGAAUAUGUCGUUCGCAGCAAUGGUGAUCAGGUCAACAUAAGUAGCUUAACUGGGAAGAUUGUGGGUUUGUAUUUCUCCGCUUCGUGGUGUCCUCCAUGUCGCCGUUUCACUCCAAUCUUCGCGGAGAUUUACGAAGAACUAGCACCCAAGGGUGAAUUCGAAGUGGUGUUUGUUUCUUCUGAUAGAGAUGAGGAAUCAUUCAAUGCGUAUUUCUCCAAAAUGCCCUGGCUAUCUAUUCCUUUCUUGGAUCCAGAGACCCAUAAACGACUUAAGACACUGUUUAAAGUUAGGGGAAUUCCUCACCUCGUUGUUCUUGAUGCCAACGGAAUGGUUUCCACGGUUGAUGGAGUGAGACUUAUAAGGGAGUAUGGAGUUGAAGCUUUUCCGUUUAGUGGUGAGAGGAUAGAUUUCCUCAAACAGAAAGAGGAUGAGGCCAAGAGGAAUCAAACAAUAAGUUCCAUAUUGGUCUCCACCUCUCGCAAUUACGUGCUUUCUAAUGAUGGAAAUCAGAUUCCUGUAUCUGAGCUUGAAGGGAAAGUGGUCGGGCUUUAUUUCUCAGUGCAUCAUCAUGGACCAUGUCUUGAGUUCACCGAGACUCUGGUGGAGAUUUACAGGAGAUUGAAAGAAAAAGGAGAGAAGUUUGAAAUUGUACUGAUUUCUUUAGAUAGAGAAGAAGAGUCCUUCAAUGAAGGCUUCCAGUCUAUGCCGUGGUUGGCAUUGCCGUUUAAUGAUAAAAAAUGUGAAAAAGUUGCUCGUUAUUUCGAGCUUAAGGCCAUACCUUCCCUCGUCGUGAUUGGGGCGGAUGGAAGAACUUUGAACCCCAAUAUUGUCGAGGUUGUUGAAGAACACGGUAUUGAUGCCUACCCAUUUACACCUGAAAAACUUGUUGAACUUGCAGAGAUUGAGAAGGCAAAGCUCGAGUCCCAGACUCUAGAGUCACUUCUAGUUUUGGGGGACAGAAAUUUUGUGAUCGACAGAAGUGGUAUGAAGAUCCCUGUACUUGAAAUUGUUGGAAAGUAUGUUCUGCUAUAUUUCUCAGCACAUUGGUGCCCUCCAUGCCGUGCAUUCAUGCCCAAGCUUGUAGAGGCAUAUCAUGAAAUCAAGCAAAAGGAGAAAGAGUUUGAAAUCAUCUUCAUUUCGAGUGAUAGAGACGAAUCGUCGUUUGAGGAGUUCUUUUGUGGAAUGCCUUGGUUGGCGCUGCCGUUUGGGGAUCAAAGGAAGAAAUUGCUCACUCGCAGGUUCAAAAUCGGAAGCAUUCCGAGCGUUGUAGCUAUUGACCAAAGCGGGCAGACGGUUACGACAGAGGGACGGAAGCUGAUAACAACAUAUGGAGCAAAUGCCUAUCCUUUCAAAGAGGAGCACCUGAAACAUUUGGAGAAGGAACAGAAGGAAAAGGAGGGAUGGGUUUGUGAAGGAGAUGUUUGCCGUAAAGCUUGAGAGAAUGUCGAGUAGUUGAAGAGUUGUCCAUCCAAGCACCAGUACCCGCUCCUGCUCUUUGUUUGUCUUGACUCUUGUGAUGGAAACGGAAUAUUGUGGACGACAGCAACUCUGUGCUAGCCUAAACCGUAUGCUUAAUGAAUAAGAAAUGCUACUUAACUUUCGUGUACACUAAUUCAUGUUAUAUUCCAUUAGCCACAGUUAAUAAGUGAUAUUGGUAUGAGAUUAGUUUCAUGUUAAGUCACUUUAUUCUAUUUGUUCUUUCUUUGGAUGCGGGGAGGAAAUUAACGAGAUUACAAAAGGAGAGUGAUUCUCAAUUUGAGAUAUGUACCAUAUCAUUAUCCAAUUUAAAGAAUGGAGAUUCUCAUUCGUA